AAGAAGUAAAAAAACAACAACAAAAAACAGACAUGCAGAUAAAUAAAGUGAGUGGGCUCAGUUUGAACGUAUUACAGAUUUAAAAAGAGGGAGGGAAAGCAAAGAGAUUAUAGUUAUGAUUUUACAAGCCACUGUCAAGACCAUAAUGAGAGGACAGAUAGAGUGAAAAAUGACUUGCUCUUUUGAAGACAGUUUAAAGUACAUUAAGUCAUUUUAACUGAAGCAUCAACUCAACCUUGCUUUCUGAAACGACUAUUGGAGGUUCAGCAUGGUUGUCUCAGGGAUGGGAGCCACUCUAGUGUUCCACAGUGUGGGCUUUCUUUUCUUCAGCUUGGUCCUCAGUCACGUCUGUCUGGUGGAGGCAGAUGAUGUGCUCACCAAAGAGGAACAGAUCGGCCUGCUGUUCAAAGCCAAACGCAAGUGUGAGGUGGCCAUCAGUAACAAACACAAGCCUGGUGAUGGUUACUGCUCGCCAGAGUGGGAUGGCAUUGUUUGUUGGCCUGAGGGGUCUCCUGGGAAGCUGGUGUCCACUGCCUGUCCAGAGUACAUCUACGACUUCAACCAUAAAGGACUAGCCUAUCGCCGCUGUGACAACAAUGGGACGUGGGCACUGACCACCACCAACAACAAGACAUGGGCCAACUACAGCGAAUGUGCAAAAUUCCUCUCACACUAUAACCAAAACAAUGAGAAGGAGGUGUUUGACCGUCUGUACCUCAUCUAUACAGUGGGAUACUCCAUCUCUCUGGGAUCACUUAUGGUGGCUGUGGUCAUCCUAGCUUAUUUCCGGCGGUUGCAUUGUACCAGGAACUACAUCCACAUGCAUCUGUUUGUGUCCUUCAUGCUGCGAGGCAUCAGCAUCUUCAUAAAGGACGUGGUGCUGUACUCUGGCUCUGCCCUAGAGGACAUGGAGAGAGUCAGUGUGGAAGAUCUCAAGUCCAUCACUGAGGCUCCUCCAGCUAACAAAACCCAGUUUAUUGGCUGUAAGGUGGCAGUGACCCUGUUCCUGUAUUUCCUGGCUACGAACUACUAUUGGAUCCUAGUAGAGGGUCUGUACCUCCACAGCCUCAUCUUCAUGACCUUCUUCUCAAACAGGAAGUACCUCUGGGGAUUCACUCUGAUUGGAUGGGGGGUCCCAGCUAUGUUUGUGACAGUGUGGGCGAGUGUGAGAGCCACCUUGGCAGACACAGAGUGCUGGGACCUAAGUGCAGGCAAUCUGAAGUGGAUCGUACAAGUGCCCAUUCUAACAGCAAUAGUGGUGAAUUUUAUGCUGUUCCUGAAUAUAAUACGAGUUCUGGCCACUAAACUUCGAGAGACAAAUGCUGGCAGAUGUGACACAAGACAGCAGUACAGGAAACUGUUGAAGUCUACCUUGGUCCUGAUGCCACUGUUUGGCGUCCACUACAUAGUGUUCAUGGCCAUGCCUUAUACUGAGGUGACUGGAGUCCUUUGGCAGAUACAGAUGCACUACGAGAUGCUCUUCAAUUCAUUCCAGGGAUUCUUUGUCGCAAUUAUAUAUUGUUUCUGCAAUGGGGAGGUCCAAGCGGAAAUUAAGAAAUCCUGGAGCAGGAGGACACUAGCACUGGACUUUAAACGUAAAGCCCGUAGUGGCAGUAACACGUAUAGUUAUGGACCUAUGGUGUCUCACACCAGUGUAACCAACGUCACUGCCCGGGGACCCCUGGCCCUCCACCUCACCACGCGCCUUGGGGGCCCCGUCACCGUCAACGGGCACCGGAAUCUCCCGGGGUACGUGAAGAAUGGUUCCAUCUCCGAGCACUCCAUCCCUUCCUCGGGACAGGAGUUACACGUUCCUGAGGAGGAGCAGCCGUCCAGUACUGAGCCACCGCAUUCUGUUGAGGAGGAGAAACCCUCGUCUGUAGUGGAGGAGGAGCGGGAGACCGUCAUGUGACAAUCAUGUGACCUCUUGCGAGAGACGGUCAUGUCAUGUGACCUUCAGGCAGCCAAUAGCGCCUCCACUGUGAGGACGAUCUCUGUAGGAAUGAGUCAUGGGAAAGAUCUCAAUUACGUACUCCUGGCAUCCUCUCUCCUCGUCUCCAGAGGGACCUCUGGCUUUCUCAUCCAAUGGGUUUUGAGAAGGAGACGAGGAGAGAGGACGCGAGAGGUAUGCAAUUGAAACAUAGCACCAUACAGACCAGUCAAGCCUCUCAGUUGAUUUUAUUUCACUGCCUUCAAUGUGUUGCAGCAAGUACUUUAUAAUGGAUGAAUACCAACCAUGGUCUGUGGAUGAACAGUAGGCUAAUGUGUCUGACUGAAACAGACAGCAUUGAUUGUCCACAGGUCCUGUGGCUGAAGGUGUCAACAGUAUACUGUAGGUGCUCAUUCUGGCAGGAGCAUGUUAGCUUAUGUUAGUGUAGCAGAUGGCUAAGUUAGCAUACAGCUCACUAGCUCACAUCUGCUACAUUAGGCACUCCUAGUGAAAUGGGGAAAUGCCUGGUUGCAGUUGAUUCUGCCUGUGUGGUUGGGGAGAUCUCACUGCAUUUCAAUUGUUUUGAAAUAUGGAUGUAAAUUCAGAUAACCCAAUCCACUUUGAUGUAGCUAAAAGGGAAUAUAACUCAGGUCCUCUAAACCCACCAUUCUAGUGCAUCAGUUUGAGCUAGUCUGUAGUUUCAGAGGUGUGCUGGCUUCUAGAGUUGAUUUAUAUGGAGAAAGGCCCAAUGGAUAACUUUUCCCCAUGAGUAUCAACUUUUUGUACAGUUUUUAUUUUUGCUAUUUAAAAGAGACUAUCCUAAUAUUCAACAGUGUAAUGGCUAUGGAAGGUUAUGCUUUUUCCAUGAUGUGUUGAUGAUUACAGUACAUUCUUCAAUAAUAAUAUUCUGUUUCACAAUAUAUAAAGCCACAAAAGUAACCGAAACUUGGAGCCCAUUGGAGUCAAAAACGUGAGUUUCCUGUGUUUUAUAUAUACGUAUUUCCACACUAUGAGGUUGGAAUAAUACUGUAAAAUUGUGAA